UUGGCGGAGGGAGAACGUGGACGACGCUCUCCUGUGCUCCCAUGGGUAGUCCUGGGUGGGGGGGUAACUGCCCUAAAUUGCCGUCGGAACCUAUCUUGAAACUCUUACUAGCGGUGGUGAACAAUUGUGUUAUAAUACAGUGCUCGCGGUGUUCUAUAGUCCAACAAUACGGUAAUCUUACGUGUUGCUACUGACAGUGAUGUGUGUUGAUUGGUUUAUUUACGUGUUGACAAGGUAGCUUUGUUGGUAGACGAGUUAACCUAACCCCUAGCAUGGAUUGAUACGGCGGCUAAUACUUGGUGUUGUGACAGAAUUCGCCGAAACCGCGAUGAAUGAACUGCUCGGCCUGUAUGGGUACGGCAAGGUGGACAGCCGUGACACCCUGGGCCUGUCUCUCCACCGCUUCACCACCCACAGUCCACCACCACCACCCCCACCACCACCACACCCCACCACCACCACUAGCCCUCCAGCACGACCCCCCGACCACAGUCCCUCUCGGCAACCACGACAACACAGCCCGACACACUCCACCAAUCACAGCCCACAACAACAUCCCUCAGAUCACGAACACGAUGGUGAUUCGCUAGAUUCCGACGACAUGCCUGUUCCUGGCCAAUUAGAACACAGUAUUGUGAGUCCCGGUAAAACUGACCAGGGAUCCGGGUCUUCUCGAGGCAGCACGCCCAAAUCCGACAGCGGCGGAGGCGUGCUAGGUGGAGGAUCAGGCCUGGUAUUGUGUUCUUGGUGUGGCCGCGUCUGUACCAGUGGAGGACAGAGAGGAGGGAGCGCCUUCCAGUUACCUACCACUAGCGGCGACCGACACUUCUGCUCUGAGGUCUGCUUUACCCAGUGUCGUCGUGCCUCCUUCAAGAAGAGUAAAGUGUGUGAUUGGUGUCGCCACGUUAGACCCACAGUCACCUACGUCGAUUUUACGGACGGGGAUCACCAGUUACAGUUUUGUAGUGACAAGUGCCUCAACCAAUACAAGAUGCAGAUAUUUUGCCGGGAGACAGAAGCUCACCUCCAGAUGCAUCCACACCUCAAUGACCUCAAGCCGGCCUCUACCAGCGGCCUCAUUACUCCUGACCUGUGGCUUCGAGACUGUGGCCAAACCAACGAAGGGGACUCUCUGCCUGAGAGCGAGAUACAAGUGAGCUCCCCCAGCUCUCCCCAGCCUCCCUGUUCGCCGCCGCCAGCGUCUCCUGACCCUUCCGAACCUGUUAACCUGACUACCACACAGUCCUCCACCAGGAAUGAACCUCGCGCCUCCCCCUCACUCGCCAGAGGCUCGCCAGUUACAGUUCGUCAGGGACCAUCAAGGUCAGCAGAGACCAGAAGCCCAGGUCCUCCUCCACCCACGCCUCGCUAUGGCCGCCCACGGCUGAGAGACCGGCGGGAGGGUGUCAGGGAGGUGGGAAGACCCAGGACCGUGAGGGCGUCACUUCAGCUCGCCCGCGGUGCUCACUCUGACACUGAAAAGACCGACGAGCCUAUCAGGAUGCCGACGAUUCGCGUGAGGCAGCUAGAGUCACAGCAGCAGCAGCAGCAGCAAGACCAGAUCGCUGGAGAAAGGGACAUUGGCAGCAACAGUGACAUGGGUGGUGAGGGCAGCAGAGCCGGGUCUCCUCCCCCGACUGCCCAGCCACCGGGUUUGUCCCUGGGUGGGUUGGGCGGAGGACUGGGUGGCCUGCUGCCCAUGGUGGGAGGUGCGCCGCUUCUGCUGCCACACAUGCUGCCUCCUGAUCUUCCCCGAGGAUCUCUUCUUCCACACCUGCUGCUCCAGCGCCCCGAGUUGCUGCGCCCACCGCCCCUGCGUCAUCCAUUGUUGCAAGCCCCGCCUGCACCAGCCCCGCCCACUAAUGCACCACCAACAUCUGUCCCUCCUCCCCCGACAGGGCUGCCCAAGACGCAUGGUUCACUACUACCUCCCGUGACUGUUCUCCUGCCCUGUCCUCUACCUAUCCCUAUCCCCAUUCCCAUUCCCAUCCCCAUCCCUAUACCAUUCUUCCCACGCACCAACACACCCGAGUCCCGGCCAGCCCCCCAGAAAGAGCCGCCACCGGGUCGACCACGCACGACUCCCCGUAAAGAAGCCUGUCGGACCGGGUCUGUGAUCAAUGGCCCUGUAGGUGCUUCUACGAGUUCAGGAUCAGUACCUCAGCCCUGUUCGGUCCCUACAAUUCCACCUCCACCACCCACUUCCUCCUCCUCCAGUGAUGGUGAGAGAAGUUCACACCCGAGGCCAGACAGGGAACGUCGGAGUAUUUUACGGUACACUUCUGAUGUUUAUGAAAUCAACGGAAUGUUUGUUCCGCGGGACUCAACGUGGGAUUCUCCUGAACCACUGCACCUGCGCCGCGCCCUGGUGGGAGACCCAAGCCAUGAGUCUCCCUACAGUCAUCACCAUGAGUUUGACUCCCGUGACGUGUCGCGAAGUCCCUCCCCGGACCCUAGCGAGGACAAUAAAGAAGCCUUGGUGAGCCUCACAAAAAAGAGAGAAGAAGAAACGAGUACAGUUAAACGUUUGCUCGGAGACGACGAUGAUGAGGAGGAAGAGACCAAGUCUGUGGAUGUUUCAGAGGCAGAGGGAUCACCCACACCCAAUGUCACCACCACUUCCACCACCACCCUGACACAGCCCGCCACCACCGCCAGGAAGCGCCACACGGCCAAUGACCACCACCAACAACCUUUGCCCAAGAAAAAACACUUGCUAGUGUGACCCCGGCUCGCUCUCCAGGCAGCAUUGGCCUAACACCCAACACCAGUACGACGUUUGAAGUACGAAAAACCGAACCUAUAAUACGUAAUGAGAAUAAGAGUGAAUUUGGACAGUGAGAGUCAGUAGAUGUUCACGUGUGUGUUCGACGCUACGACACGCAGAAAAAGAUUUGGAUUACUGGGUCAAAGCAUUGUGACCGGGUAUGGGGCCAACUGCCUCGCACUACCCAUGUUAACAAAUAAGAAAAUUUUAUUCUGACAGUUUCAUUGAUUUAACAUUCUGUUGACAAAAAGAAAAAAUAAAUGAAGGAGUUUACUUAGCAGCGGGUGGUGUAGUCCCCACUCUAUUUACUUUAAAAUUAAUUGAAUCAAUACUCUUUUUUAAUAAGGCAGUUAUGUAAUGAAUAUACUGAGCUGUCAUAUACAGAUUAGAAAAUAAUAGUCACAUAGUGCCACAAAACGUAAUAAAUUAAUAAAUGGUUAAUAUUCAAGACAGGUGGCUCCCUCCCAUACCAAUGUUUUGGCCACAGUGAAAAUAAUGUCUCUUGUGUGGUUUAUUGUCUUCACCAGUAAGUAAUGUUCACAAGACGCGUAAGUUGUACUGCCGUUUACUGCACGAUGGUGUCACUAAUGGUGUGUUUUGCUUGUAAGAUAAGCUUGUAUGUAUAAUAACUGUACAAUGAAUUAACUAGAUGUGACUGUAUAUACUGCGGUAUUAUAUUCAUAUUGAUUGUGUUAUAAAUGUUUGAUGUUGGUAUUACAUAUAUACUUGUAUAUGUGCCACACACACAUACAUAUCUUUUUCACAAACUUUUUUUUUGUAGUGAGCUCUCUUCUUCUCUUCUCGUUCCUAAGAUAUCUAGUCAUUGGGGCUGGUUUACAUAUUGUCUUAAACAGAGUUGAUGUUGCUUCUUGUUCUCUCUGAGGAGCCACCUGAAGCUCGCUACUGAUACGACGUGAUCUGAGACUGGCAUCCCUCAGUAGGUUCCUCCCGCGCUGCUAGAGAACACUUGCUCAAACUCUAUUGUUAUGUACAGAAAAAAGAAUCAAAACGAUCAAUUAUUCAAGAAAUGAACUCUGAUAUCAUUUUGAAUAUAUAAAAUAUAAAGUAGUGGUACAGUAACGGUACAUAAGAGUGAUGACUUUAUAAUUCUUUUAGCUCAAUAUUACAAAAACAACAACUUGACGGUGCAACCCAACAGCUAGUGAGUGUAGGAUAGGAGAAGCUCGUCUGGCCAGUAAACCUAUAUAAUGUAAGGAUAUGGAGGACCCCGUUACCUAACCCUGUGGUAGGUUAUGUACAUCUACAGAAAAUUCAUCAUGUUAUUCAUUUCACUGAACCACAAAUCACAGUUUUCCAUCACUAAUUGCUGUGAAGUUAUCAGUCCAUCAAAGCUGAUACUAUUACUGCAUCAUGUCAUCCAAAAGAUAUGUAAGACAUGCAUGGAUACUUCUGUCAGGAGAAAAAGUCAAGAGUUUCUUUUUAAUAGAGAUAAAUGUACUUUCACUAAAAACAGGAAGUUGUUUCUUGUUUUUUUUUACACAAAUAUCUUCCCGAAUUAAUUGCAGAUGCUUUGUGCCUCUGACUCACACCACGAUAGGUUGUAGGAGCUCAUGUUAGUAGUAAACACGCUCUUUGAUUUCUAUUGUAAUUUAUAAGACUGGGAAUUAAGGUUUGUCAACUGUGUCGUUCUUGAGACAAUGACCAAACCCAUCUAUCAUAAUGUAAUACCUUCCCGGGAGCCCCAUCUCUAACACAGUGAGUCAUGAGUGUGUCUUUGUCAGCUACAGAAGGAAGAGAUCAGAGGUGAUUCCACAACGUCCACCACCAAACAUCUAAAAGUGGAACUCCUCGUUAAAAACCAUCACUCUAUCAGCACCUCACAUGUAGACCAUAAAACUAUGCUUCAGUUUUUGUUAUAAUCUGCAUUCCAGUCCCGCCUUCUCCAGGUAGCAGCAACACUGUAAUAAACUUACAACAAAGA